UUCCCAUAAAGCUAUGUUCUUUCCCCAACCGGCUGCUCCUCUACUAUAAAUGUUGGAGUAGAUGGAGAAUGAUCACACUCCAGAGAGAACAGGCUCAACUGAGACUUUCACACACUGAUACACAGAAAACACACACUCUUCAGAAUGGCUGCUCCUCGUCUCGCUCUGUGUGUGUGUGUGCUGAUGCUGGCUGUCUUCACUCUGACUGAAGGUAUGCGUGGUACUGGCCCAAGGAGAUGCUGCUUUAAAUUCAAUGAGAAAGAGGUUCCCAGAGGCCGCGUGAUCGGCUACGUCAAGACCAGCCAGCGCUGCCCCAAUCCUGCCAUCCUGUUAAAGACAGUGGCAGGACAAAGUCUGCUGUGUGUCCGUCCUUCAGCCCGCUGGGUGAAGAAUCUCAUCAGCUACCUGGACACCAAAUCCAUCCCAGGAGCGGGGACCAACCUGUAAACGUGGCAACAUCUUAUCCACUAUCAGAACCUCCUGUGAUGUGAUGCUGCAUCUCAAACUACACCUGUGAAAGCUGCAUCUACUACAGAUAUGGUCCUAUGCCCUGUCAGGUCUGCAGUACUUCUUGUUGCCAAAUAUUAUUAUUUUUGUAACAUGGACCAUUUGCUGGAAUGAGACACAUUUACACUCAUAUUUUUACAUUUCAGAUUUUUAAUUUAAUGUUUGUGGAACUAUUUGUAUAUGUUUGAUUGGUACAACACCCACAUAACCGUCACCACUGUGAACUACUGAUGCAUUGUAAUUGGAACUGACUUACCAAAACGUUCUUCACUGUAAACAUAUAUAAGCUACAGUAUGUGUAACUCCACUGUUUCUGCAAGGAACCAUUGUGUUCUUUUUACUUGUUUUUGAUAUAAAAUAAAGCGCACUUUUUAUUUUG